AUGGAUUCCCAAACCCUAUCUUCUUCUUCCCAAUUUCACGAACCAAACAACCUACUUAACGGUGUUAACGGUCACGGUUCCGAUUCCGAUGACGGUUUCGUUAGCGGCGAAGAUGAAGCUGAGCCUUCCACGCCCAUUCUCGUUUACGAUGCCAAAUCUACCGUUCAGAAAAAAGAAAAAGAAGGAGAAGAGUCUUUCGACCAGGAAUCACCAAGGCCUAUUGCUAAGGUGACCGCUGAUGACGAAGAUGAUGAGGAGGAGGAAGAAGAUUCGCAGGAUGUCGGUUUGGAGAAAGGCGGUGGUGAGGAAGUGAAGGAGGAUGAGGUUUUUGUGGAGGCUAAUGAUAAGGGUUUUGAGAGUGUGGAUUCUGAAGGGGUUGAUGUUGUUGGAGAAGAAAUUAGUAACGGUUUACGAGAGGAAGAGGACGGUGGAACUGAAAUUGAAACUGUUCGUUCUGAUUCUGUGGCUGUGCAAUCGGUUUCUGGUGAUAAUUCCGGUGUUGGCGAUGUUGAGAAUGGUGACGGGGUUGUUGAUGAUGAGAAGUUUACGAGUGGUGGAGAUUUUGUUGUUGAUAGUCUUCGAGUUAAACCUUUGGUGGAUGGAGGUGUUGCUGUUGUUGGGGAUGAAGUGAAAGAUGAGGUUUCUGAAAUUGAUGGGGUUGUGGCUCCUGCCCCUGUUGCGGGUCUUGAUAAUAGUUUUGAAGCUAUUGAGAAGGUUGGCAGUGAAAGUGUUGUUGAUGAGGUUGGUAGUAGUUUUGAAACUAUUGAGAAGGGGGAUGAAGUUGUUGUUGGCAGGGAAGUUGAGCCUAGUAAAGUUGUUGACAGUGGAGUUGAAGUUGGAGUUGAUGAUAAUGUUGCACAUGAGCAACUGAGGGACGUUGUUCUUAUUGAGAAGGCUGGUGACGUUGUUGUUGAUGAUAAUGUUGCACAUGAGCAACUGAGGGAUAUUGUUCUUACUGAGAAGGCUGGUGAUGUUGUUGUUGAUGAUAAUGUUGGUGGUGAUGCCAAGCCUGAUGAAGUUGUUGACAUUGGAGUUGAUGACGGUGUUGCACAAAGGCCAGUGAGUGACAUUGAGCCUGCUGAGAAGGGUGAAGAAAUUUCAGAAGUUGUCAGUCGGAGUUUGGAGGCUGCGGAAGAUGAGAUAAACAUAGAGAGUCGUGCUGUUGAAGGUGGAAUUGAGAGCCGUGCUGAUGAUGCUGUUGAGGGAGAAGUUGGUAGCAAUAUUGAUAGUGUUGUAGAAAAGGAGGCGGAAAGCAAUGUUGUUGAGGUGGAAGAUGGGAGCAAUGUUGAUAAUGUUGUAGAAAAGGAGGCGGAAAGCAAUGUUGAUCAGGUUGUUGAGGUGGAAGGCGUGAGCCAUGUUGGUAAUACUGUUGAGGGGGAAGACAAGAGCAAUGCUGAUCGUGUGCUCGAGGUUGAAGAUGAAACCCAUCUUGAUAAUGCUGCUGUGGGGGAAGCCGAGAGCAAUGCUGACCGUGUUGUCGAGGUUGAAGAUAAUACCCAGCUUGAUAAUGCUGCUGUGGGGGAAGCCGAGAGUAAUGUUGAUCGUAUUGUCGAGGUUGCAGAUGAGCCCCAUCUUGAUAAUGCUGUUGUGGGGGAACCCGAGAGUAAUGUCGAUCCUGUUGUCAAGGUUGAAGAUAGCACUCUUUUUGAAAAUGCUGCUAAGGGGGAAGCCGAGAGCAAUGCUGAUCAGGUUGUUGACGUUGAAGAUGACACCGAUUUUGAUAAUGCUGUUGAGGAGGAAGCCGAUAGCAAUGUUGAUCGCGUGAUUGAGAUGGAUGAUGGUAACCAUGUUGAGGCUGCUGUUGAUCAUCAUAUUGACAGAGAGAUUGAUGACUCGGUGUCGGAUACGAAGGAUGAAUCAAUGAUCUUUGGAGGCUCUGAUUCUGCCAAUAAAUACUUGGAAGAAUUGGAGAAGCAAAUUAGGGCCAGUGAGAGUUCACAGGAUGACAGAAUUGAUGGCCAGAUUGUAACCGACUCUGAUGAAGAAGUUGUAUCUGACGAUGAAGAAGAUAGCAAAGAGCUCUUUGAUACUGCUACUUUGGCUGCUCUCUUGAAAGCAGCAUCUGGAGCAGGGGAAGAAGAUGGUGGCGGUAUCACCUUAACUGCUCAAGAUGGAUCUAGGCUUUUCUCUGUCGAGCGGCCUGCUGGUUUGGGACCAUCUCUCCAGACAGGUAAACCUGCAGUACGUUCAAUUCGUCCCAAUCUUUUUGCUCCUUCCAUGAGUAGAGCAGGUACUGUUGUUUCUGACACCGAUUUGAGUGAAGAAGAUAAGAAGAAAUUGGAGAAAUUGCAGGAAAUUAGGAUAAAAUAUCUAAGAGUGAUUCAGAGACUAGGUUUUACUACUGAAGAAUCAAUAGCAGCACAGGUGUUGUAUCGUUUGACACUUGUUGCAGGGAGGCAAAUUGGUGAAAUGUUCAGCCUAGAUGCUGCAAAGGAGAGUGCUUCCCGGCUUGAAUCCGAGGGAAGAGAUGAUUUUGCAUUUUCUUUAAAUAUAUUGGUUCUUGGAAAAACUGGUGUGGGAAAGAGUGCUACCAUUAAUUCAAUUUUCGGAGAAACCAAAACCAGCUUCAGUGCAUAUGGUCCUGCUACUACUACUGUGACAGAAAUUGUUGGAAUGGUUGAUGGAGUGGAAAUAAGGGUCUUCGACACACCAGGUUUGAAAUCUUCUGCUUUUGAGCAAAGUUACAACAGAAAAGUUUUGUCUAUGGUGAAGAAAUUGACCAAAAAAUCCCCCCCUGAUAUUGUUCUAUACGUGGACCGCCUCGACCUGCAAACUAGAGAUAUGAAUGAUUUGCCCAUGUUGAGAUCAGUUACUAGUGCCCUCGGUCCAACAAUAUGGCGUAAUGUGAUUGUCACUCUGACUCAUGCUGCCUCUGCUCCACCAGAUGGACCAUCAGGUUCCCCACUAAGUUAUGAUGUUUUUGUUGCUCAAAGAUCUCAUAUUGUUCAACAAGCCAUCGGACAGGCUGUUGGUGACCUGCGUCUUAUGAAUCCAAAUUUGAUGAAUCCAGUUUCACUUGUUGAAAACCAUCCUUCUUGUCGGAAAAAUAGAGAUGGCCAGAAGGUGCUUCCUAAUGGUCAAAGUUGGAAACCUCUGUUAUUGCUUUUAUGUUACUCGAUGAAGAUUCUCUCUGAGGCUACUAACAUUUCAAAGACUCAGGAAGCAGCUGAUAACCGUAGGCUGUUUGGUUUUAGAAGCCGUGCCCCUCCACUUCCAUACUUGCUGUCUUGGUUGUUGCAGUCACGUGCACACCCCAAACUCCCUGAUCAAGCUGGGAUUGAUAAUGGUGAUUCUGAUAUUGAACUGGCUGACUUAUCUGAUUCUGAUGGAGAGGAAGGGGAAGAUGAAUAUGACCAGCUCCCACCAUUUAAACCUCUAAAGAAGUCGCAGAUUGCUAAGCUUAAUGGAGAGCAAAGAAAAGCAUAUCUUGAGGAAUAUGAUUACCGAGUGAAACUUUUGCAGAAGAAGCAAUGGAGAGAGGAGUUGAAAAGGAUGAGAGACAUGAAGAAAAAAGGAGGUAAAAACGUUGAAAAUGACUACAUGGAGGAAGAUGAAGAGAAUGGAAGUCCAGCUGCUGUGCAAGUUCCUCUGCCUGAUAUGGUGUUGCCACAGUCCUUUGAUAGUGACAGUCCAGCCUAUAGAUACCGUUUCUUAGAACCGAAUUCUCAGUUGCUGACAAGGCCGGUCUUAGACACUCAUAGUUGGGACCACGAUUGUGGUUACGAUGGUGUUAACAUUGAAAACAGCAUGGCCAUUAUCAACAAGUUCCCGGCAGCAGUUACUGUUCAAGUAACAAAAGACAAGCAAGAUUUCAGCAUUCACUUGGAUUCAUCGGUUGCUGCUAAACAUGGAGAAAAUGGUUCAACCAUGGCAGGCUUUGACAUUCAGAACAUCGGAAAGCAGCUGGCAUACAUUGUUAGAGGUGAGACCAAGUUCAAGAAUUUCAAAAGAAAUAAAACUGCUGCUGGGGUGUCUGUGACAUUUUUGGGUGAAAAUGUGUCCACCGGUGUGAAACUUGAAGAUCAAAUAGCACUGGGGAAACGAUUGGUAUUAGUGGGGAGCACAGGGACUGUGCGGUCUCAAAAUGAUUCUGCUUAUGGUGCCAAUGUUGAAGUGAGGCUUAGAGAGGCAGAUUUUCCAGUUGGUCAGGAUCAGUCUUCUUUGAGUCUUUCGUUGGUGCAGUGGAGAGGUGAUUUAGCCUUGGGAGCCAAUUUUCAGUCACAGAUUUCUCUUGGACGAAGCUAUAAGAUGGCGGUUCGGGCUGGAUUGAACAACAAGCUUAGCGGGCAGAUCACUGUCAGGACAAGUAGUUCUGACCAACUUCAGAUUGCCCUUAUUGCUAUUCUUCCAGUUGCCAAGGCUAUCUAUAAGAACUUCUGGCCUGGUGUUACUGAAAACUAUUCCAUCUAUUAA